AUGAAACCACAGACAGAAGUAAGGCAGGGGAACAGAUGGGGACCACAGGCCUGGCUGAGGGAGAGAGGGGCUGUGAACGGUCUUGAGAACUGCACCCUGGGUGGUCUGACACAGGCCACUUACAGGUCUCCUUUUAAGGAACCUGGAUCUGGGCGGGGCUCAUCCUCAGCCUCUGCUCCAGGAGCUCCCACGAGACCGCAGGUGGCUGCAUCCGCCUCAGCCUCCUCCCUCACAGUGUCCUCCGUAGCCACUGGGGAGUUCUUGCCCCCAGAGGCUCUGAAGGAGAUGAAAGCUAACCUGAUAAAGUUCCUGCUCUUCAAGUAUCUAGCUAAGGAGCUGACCUCCCAGGCGGAAAUACUGAAGAAGGUCCUCAGGGAUAACCAGGAGCACUUCCCGGUGGUCUUCAGCCAAGCCUCGCAUUGCCUGGAGCUGGUCUGUGGUGUGGAGGUGAAGGAGGUGGACCCCAGGGAGCACAUCUACAUCAUGGUCCCCAACCUGGGCCUCACCUGUGAUGUGAUGCUGAGCAGUGGGCAGAGCAUGCCCAAGGCCGGCCUCCUGGUGCUGAUCCUCAGCCUGAUCAUGCAGAAUGGAGACCGCGCCCCUGAGGAGAAGGUCUGGGGAGCACUCAGCAGAUUGGGUGUGUGUGUCGGGAGUGUGCACUGUGUCUUUGGGGAGCCCAGGACACUUCUGACACACGUGUGGGUGCAGGAGGGGUACCUGGAGUACCGGCAGGUGCCUUACAGCUACCCUGCUCGCUAUGAGUUCCUGUGGGGUCCCCGGGCCUAUGCGGAGACCAGCAAGCAGGAAGUCAUGGCAUUUCUGCUCAGGAUCAAAGAAAGGGCUUCAAGGGCCUUCCCACCCCUGUCUGCAGAGGCUGCAAGGGAGGAGGAUGAGGCUGCCUGA